GUUCAUGUCAGUCCAAGAAACCGCGUCCGAUUCAGGUCAUUUUGGGUACUUGAUAGUGACAGCAUAAUGGCGGGACGUCUGCUUCUCCGAGCUUGUUCAACACUGAGAAGAAAUGUGGUGACCAAACCGCUGCACCGUACUAUGUCCUCAGUGGGAGGAAUACCAACAGAUGACGAGCAGGCCACUGGACUGGAGCGACGCACCCUGCAGGCCCUUAAACAGGGAAAGGAUCCCUACAGCAUCCUGAAGCCCAAGGCCUAUGCUGGUACCAAGGAAGACCCUCAUAUUGUGCCAGGCAUUGGAAGCAAGAGGCUGGUGGGCUGUGUUUGUGAGGAAGACAACACUGCUAUUGUGUGGUUCUGGGUUCAUGAGGGGGAUGCCCAGCGCUGCCCUUCCUGUGGUUCCCAUUAUAAACUGGUUCACCAUGAGUUGCCCCAUUGAAAACAACAGCUCUGUCCAAUGUAACAUCAGACAAAUAUACUGUCUUCAUUCAGGGCUAUGUAAUACAGUGUGUGCCAAUCAUUAAUGUGUAUAAUUUAUCAUUAAAAUAUGAACUUAAAACUGA